AUGUUGCCAACUUAUGAUCAGAAGAAACCUACGAAAACAACUCUUCCUACUUUCAACACUCGCAACCCAGAUGCUAGCCAAACAAUAAACUUGACCCCAUGCUUUGUUUUCUUCAACCUCACAAUUUGUUCCCUUACAACGCUCUACCGGGCGUACGAGCACAGCGACUAUCCAGUCGUGGCUUUCGUCGUGUUCGUCUACGUGUCGUAUUUCGUGUUGGACAAGUGUCUAGCAGUGUACACUCAGUUGCCAAGAGGCGAGCAAUCGGUGAAGAAAGAGUUGUUGAGGUUCACCCUUUGGGGGUUGUCAAGCGCCAUCCUGUUCGGGUUUGCAUAUCAGUUUGGGACGUUUAUGCACUUGUCUGCGGUUGUGCUCAUGUAUUGUAUUGCCGUUUCCAGCAGUUUGCUGCUCUUCUAUGCCUACUACAUCGUUGAUGACCAAAAUCACAGCGGUUGCACUUUUUGCGCCACCAUGCCUCCUCAGUCUUCUUGUCCUAACCAGGAAAAGAGUAACAAUUCGGACAACGUCUAG